AUGAAUUCCACUAGACCACUUUAAGGUUAGCUCAGCCGAAAUUGAGGAGACUUUGCUGCAAUUCGUAUGCAGUUAGGGGCCGUCUGACUGAGCGGCGGCGUAUCAUACCACCACGGAAACUGGUUUUAAGCGUCAGUGGCCGAAGUCACCGACAACUUCGGAAUGAGAAUAGACUCAAUAUGUAGACGUAAAAGGCCACUGACAAAUCGGCAUCAUGUGACGACUUGGGAUGAGAGCAUGUUGAAUAUUCUCAAUGUUCCUUAAAUUUAAAACAGUUUCCUUGUGUUGGACGAACAAUUCGUGGAUUCUUUAAAAACAAGAUGCUUCCGUCGUCUUUCGUUGCUGUCAGUGUGUUGCUGCUCACGCUGCAAGCGAGCCACGCCGCCGCCGUCAGCAUGAAGGAACAUCUGGCUGAUUGUCUGCGGGACAAAGACUACGACGAGCUGCUGCAGACUGUGAAGACUGGCCUUCCGCACAUAAACACAUCUCAUCAUGUCGUUAUUGUUGGAGCUGGCAUGGCUGGACUGACGGCUGCGAAGCUACUGCAGGACGCAGGACACAGGGUCACCAUAUUAGAGGCUAAUGGUCAUGUUGGAGGACGAGUGGAGACCCACAGGAAUGAAGAAGAGGGCUGGUAUGCUGAACUGGGAGCCAUGAGGAUCCCAAGUCAUCACCACAUCGUUCUCUGGUUUGCUAAAAAGCUGAAGGUCAAGCUAAAUGACUUCAUCAUGGAUGACCCCAACACCUUUUACUAUGUCAAUGGAGUGCUGAAGAAAACACACACGGUCCAAUCAAACCCUGACGUUCUGAAGUACAACGUGUGGCCAAGUGAGAAAGGGAAGUCAGCCGACGAGCUGCUACAACGAGCUUUAAAGAAGGUAAAAAAUGAGGUGGAGGCACAUGGCUACUGGGUCGCACUGAAAAAGUAUGACCGUUAUUCUGUGAAGGAGUAUCUGAGAGAAGAAGGAGGUCUAAGUCCAGAGGCAGUGAGGAUGAUCGGAGACCUGCUUAAUGAACAGAGCCUUAUGUACACAGCGCUGAGUGAGAUGAUCUAUGACCAGACUGAUAUCAAUGAUGACACUCGGUACUCAGAAGUGACCGGUGGGUCGGACCUUUUCCCCAAAGCUUUUCUUAACGUCCUCAGUGACUGUGUGAUUCUCCUCAACUCCAAGGUCAAACGCAUCAGUCAGUCAGAUAAAGGUGUGAUUGUAUCGUACCAGAGAGACCAACAGUCGUCUUUUAUUGACCUUCCUGCCGACGUCGUCCUGGUAACGACCACAGCCAAGGCAGCUCUCUUCAUGGACUUUGAUCCACCUCUCUCCAACCCAAAGACGGAAGCACUGAGAGGGGUCCACUACGACAGCUCCACCAAAAUCAUCCUCACCUUCAGCAGGAAGUUUUGGGAAGAUGACGGCAUCCGAGGAGGAAAGAGCAUCACUGACGGACCCUCUCGUUACAUCUACUACCCCAGCCACAGUUUCCCGACCAAUGAGACCAUCGGCGUCCUCCUGGCCUCCUACACCUGGUCUGAUGACUCCCUCCUCUUCCUAGGUGCCAGUGAUGAAGACCUGAAAGAGCUGGCUCUGAGAGAUUUGGCAAAGAUCCACGGCGAGCACGUCAAGUCUCUCUGCACAGGGGUGGUGGUGAAGAGGUGGAGCGAUGAUCCUUACAGCCUGGGCGCCUUCGCUCUCUUCACACCUUACCAACAUUUAGAGUACUCUAAGGAGCUGUUCAGACACGAAGGCAGGGUGCACUUUGCUGGUGAACACACGGCCUUCCCUCACGCCUGGAUUGAAACAGCUAUGAAAUCUGCCAUCAGAGCUGCUGUGAAUAUCAACAAAGUCACACUCUUGGAUUCAAACUCAAUUAAAUAUCCAGAGCGAGACGAGUUCUAGGGUCUGAAGAAUCAAGUCUCAGCAGGAAACCAAAAAGUGCAACAUAUGUGGCUGAAGCCACAGAAAUGUGUUGUUGAAAUGCCACUUUGACAGAACACUAAUGAAUCAAACCUGUAUGUGCUAUAUGAAGUGUAUGUUGUUCAUAAUUACGUGUACAAAGGGAAGAAGAAAAAUAUUUAAUAAAGAAUAUUGAAAAGAAAUGUCUUCAUUCCAAUAUUUAAUUUGUCCUCCACCUGUUCAUUGUCUCCAGCUGCUAGUCCAGCCUCUGCUAGUUCACACUGCCAGGAUGCAACUGCUCAUAUUCAAACCUACGGACAAGUUAGAGUCAGCACUUGGUCUGCCCUGUAUAUCUUGAAGGAUACUGGAGCAUAUUGUUGAAGAUGGGUGUGAUCAUACAACCUGUCAUUAGAAAGCUGCGCUCCUCGUGGUUCCAUUGAUGCAGACCAUUUGAAGACACAACGACCACAGCAGGUUCAAUAAACACUUUUAAUGAACUUGAUGUUUCAGACGAGCUAAGUCCAGUGAAAUAUUCAGUCCCAACACAUUAGUGCAUCCAGAGAUAUCCACAAACUGCUGUUGCAUCAUCUCAGUGUUCAUAUUUCUCCACAUAUUGUCCAUCAUUUCUCCCGUCCUGCGUCUAUGUAUGCCGUCUGCUUGGUGUCAAAAUGAUGGCCGACCCCCUGACCUUUUGAUUGAUAUCUCACCACAGCCAAUAGGAGCUUCCGCACUGACAGUCUAGGCUUCAAUAGGCAGAGGAGCAGCCUCUCCAAAAGCAGAUCCUCCCCGCUGCCACUCCGUCUUGGAGUGUCAGUCCAGUUGUGGUCACCUUAAGGGCUGGAUGAAGCACUCUACGUCAAGGUGUAGUUUUGGGACAAACUUCCCUCUCUGCAGCGGAAAAGGAGCUGUUGUUGUGUUUGGUAACCAUGGAGAAAAGUAUAGUUACUCCUAUGUUAUGUUCUUUAUGUCUGUUUGAAUC